GUUAACGCGAAGGUUAUUUUACAUAAGGGAACAACUGUUUUGGAGCAAAACACCGCCGCGAGAAUAGCUGGAAAGAAAAAGAGAGGCUUUUGUUUUCUGGCUGAAAGGAGCUUAAUCUUCUUCCACACGUUACAGGAGGUGAGGCAUCAUGGGGAAACACAACAGCAAGCUGGCUCCAGAGGUCCUGGAUGACCUGACCAAGAACACUGAAUUCAAUGAGGCAGAGCUCAAGCAGUGGUACAAGGGCUUCCUUAAAGACUGUCCCUCUGGCAUUCUGAACCUGGAGGAGUUUCAGCAGCUCUAUGUCAAGUUUUUCCCAUAUGGUGAUGCUUCCAAGUUUGCUCAACAUGCGUUUCGGACGUUUGACAAAAAUGGCGAUGGGACCAUCGACUUCAGAGAGUUCAUUUGCGCCCUGUCCAUCACCUCCAGGGGUAGCUUUGAGCAGAAACUCAACUGGGCCUUCAACAUGUACGAUCUAGAUGGAGAUGGAAAGAUCACACGCAUGGAGAUGCUGGAGAUCAUUGAGGCCAUCUACAAGAUGGUAGGCACAGUGAUCAUGAUGCGUAUGAACGAGGACGGGCUUACCCCUCAGCAGCGUGUAGACAAGAUCUUCUCCAAGAUGGACAAGGACCAGAACGAUGAGAUCACCUUGGAAGAGUUUAAAGAGGCGGCCAAAUCCGACCCUUCCAUUGUCCUACUGCUGCAGUGUGACAUGCAGAAGUAGACUGGGAGGGGUGGGGAAACAGAGUGAGGGUAAUAGAG